AUGUGGAUUGGUUGCUGGUGGCUUGGAUUCGUUAUAUUCGGAGUUGUGCUGUUCUUCCCGUCGUUGGCUCUUUUCCUGUUUCCUUCAGAUCGCCUGGAUGAAAGCAACGUCAAGGUUUAUCCGAAAGAUGCGACUAUCGACGGAACAGCGCCACUUAAACCAAGGAAGACGCUAAAUCUUUACGACAAGCACGUCAAAAUCCAUGGCAAGCAUGUGACAGCAGGAGAGAAGAUGAGUGAGUUCUUGGUCGCAGCCCGAUCACUGUUUCGCAAUCCGAUCUACGUUGGAGCAAUGUUUGGCCGAAUCAUUGACGUACUAGCAUUCAAGGGAGCCAACAACUUCUCGUUCCCUCUUGUCGGAAAGAUUGCGUUUGUGAUGGCAUGCCCUUCUAUCCGAGGAGACGUAUUCUACUCGCCUUGUCAAGCCGGCUGUCCACUGAGUGGAGCGAAUUUUAGUAUUUAUUCAAAGGCUGAGAAAGGGGUACCAUUGACGUUCACAGAAUGCGAGUGUGCCGGAACUGAUGAUCUAGCAGUCAGCAGAAAUUAUUGCCCAACUGAGCACUGUGAUAGACAAUUUCACGUCUUCCUCAUCGUAAAGAUCAUAGGAGCACUUUUCGGUGGUCUGUCGGUCGUUCCGGGAAUGUUAAUUGUUCUGCCGGGCGGUACCACCAGAACAUCGCAGUAUCUCCCUAGGUUUUCACGGGUUCCUCGUGAGUUUACUAGUGGCAUGUUAUCAAAUGGAGUGCGGAAGGAUAGCGUGGACAAAAAUAAAGCACCCGAUCUGCACUUCCGACCACUACUACGCACUUUCGUUACCUACUCCACUCUACCAUCUCCAGUGUUCUGGGGUAAGAUCUUCGACAUGAGUUGUCUGAUGUGGCAGAACGUGUGCACUAAAACUGGUGCAUGCCCGAUCUACGACACAGAUCAACUUCGAAUAAGAUUGCAUGUGAUCUAUGGCAGUCUACGACUUUUCGCUCUGUUCUCCGAUAUCUGGGUGGUAUACUGGGCGAAAGGUCUGAAACUGGUAGACGAGGAGGACGAGUCGUCAAAAACCAGUGAUGGUGGUGACACUCAGGAGCUUGGGCCACUCACCAAAGGCGGCGCAAAAGCUGUGUUGCCGAAAGCCGUCGUCGACAAGGACUACAGUAACAAAGAGUAA